AGCAGCAACAGGCGACCUCGGCUCGUCCAGAGACCAGCUCGCCCUCACGCACUUUAACACCGCAGCACUGCAGACACAAAGAGGAGCGAGGCCCUAGUGGAGACCAGGAGAACGGCGUGAGGACAUCCAGCUACAAGAUUUGUGUGAACUGUGCAGCGCCUUGACCAGACUGCUGCUGCAGCCAUGAAUUACUUGCGUCGGCGUCUCUCGGACAGCACGUUCAUCUCCAACCUGCCCAAUGGCUACAUGACAGACCUCCAGAGGCCUGACAACGCUCAGCCUGCUCCACCUGCCUCCACCACCCCUGCCAAGUCUCCUACAACCGGCCCUACACCUCCAGCCACUUCCCCUGCUCCGGAGAGGAAACCCCCGACGUCUCAGUCCACCGGGGCGGGCUUCUUUAGCUCCAUCACCAACGUGGUUAAGCAGACAGCUGCCUCAGCAGGGCUAGUGGAGCAGACCCAAGUCACGACGUCUAAGAAGUUCAAGAUUCUCCUGGUAAUUGACGAACCACAGCAGGAGUGGGCCAAAUUAUUCCGGGGAAAGAAACUUCAUGGGGAAUAUGACAUCAAAGUGGAGCAGGCUGAAUUCAACGAGAUCAACGUUGUGGCUCAUGCCAACGGGAGCUGCAACGUUAACAUGCAAGUUCUCAGAAACGGUACCAAGGUCAUCAGGUCAUUCAAGCCAGAUUUUGUCCUCAUUCGUCAACACGCCUUCAGUAUGACCCAGAAUGAAGAUUUCCGCAACCUGAUCAUCGGUCUGCAGUAUGGAGGCGUCCCAUGCAUCAACUCGCUUGAGUCCAUCUACAACCUGUGUGACAAGCCGUGGGCGUUUGCCCAGCUUAUCAACACCCACAGGAAGCUGGGUUCAGACAAGUUCCCUCUGAUCGAGCAGACCUUUUACCCAAACUACAAGGAGAUGGUAAGCAUGCCAUCAUUCCCGGUUGUUGUGAAGAUUGGACAUGCCCACUCCGGUAUCGGAAAGGUGAAGGUGGACAAUCACAGUAAGUUCCAGGACAUAGCCAGCGUCGUGGCUCUUACCCAGACGUACACCACCACAGAGCCUCUCAUCGACUCCAAGUACGACAUCAGAAUCCAGAAGAUCGGAACCGACUACAAAGCUUACAUGAGAACAUCUAUAUCUGGUAACUGGAAGACCAAUACUGGCUCAGCUAUGCUCGAACAGGUGGCCAUGACUGAAAGGUACAAGCUGUGGGUCGACACAUGCUCGGAGAUUUUCGGGGGUCUGGAUAUUUGCGCAGUCAAAGCCAUUCACGGGAAAGAUGGCAGAGAUUUCAUCACAGAGGUGGUGGGCUCCGCCAUGCCCCUGGUGGGGGAGCACCAGGCCGAGGACAGGCAGCUCAUCGCUGACAUGGUGCUGGCAGAAAUGAACCGGGUUGUAGAGAAGGAAGCUAACGCUCCCCAGAGACCCACCACCAUACAGCCAUCCCAGGGAACUGGCCAGAAGGGAGAGAUCAUUGGCGAACCCACUAAAAACGGCGCCGGGCACCCGCCUCAAGGUUGUCUGCAGUACAUUCUCGACUGUAAUGGCGUUGCAGUGGGUCCAAAACCAGUCCAGGCCAACUGAGUCACCCAGGAGAAAGUGGGGGAAGUGUCAAAGUCUAGAUAACAACGACGUACCUUAGCUGACCACAAGCGCAGACGUGUGUGUGGAUGCUAACAUAGCUAGAAUCAGAUCUUGGUGACGUGAGCUCGGUGCAGCUGGGUGCUUGCCUGGACUGUGUUUUUAACUCUAUGCAGUGUCAAAAUGUACUGUCUACUUGUUGACCUGUUGAUUUGUGUGCUUGUAUAGGUCACCUAUGUUUCAGUGGCUUUUUCUUUGGGGCUGUUGUUGAUGAUGUAAAAAGCAGAUUGUGCCUAGACUGAGUUCAGUGCUGCUCUGUGUUCGACCCAGCUAUGAGUCUUUUAUUUGCCCCCUUACCCCCGUUUUCUGUUCUCUAUUUUGGUGUGUACCUUUAGAUAUUGUUCAAACUGUGGACUAUCGUGCAGUUUGAAGUUUGUGUAUAUCUCGAUAUGUAUACAGUACGUGAGUGUGUAUGGCUGUAGUGGUGAUUAUUUUCAUACUAAUACUAAUACAUAUAUUUAUUUUUGUUUUUGCAUGAUUGAUACAAAGGAAGGUGCAAGUCGGUUAUCAAUGUCUGAUCAACAUCGUUGGUUUUACCCCAGCUGUGUUCCCUGUGAUUCAUGCAUUGUGAAUGUGUCAUAAGUAAUGCAUAUUAUACCAGUUCCACAUGCAGGAUACAUGUAUUCAUUACCAAACAUGCAUUAACAUGGUGUGCAUACACAUACAAUAGAGUCGUACAGUAUGUGGCCUUUCUUAGAGGUAAUUAUUUUCAUCUAUAUUGUCACCAGAAAAUAGAUUAUUUAAAGUGUAGGAUACUAAUAGAUGGACACAUAAUAAAUAUUAAAAAUUAGUCUAUUAAAGAUUUUAUUAUGUAGGAUGUUGUGCAGGCGUCUGCACACACAACUUAAAUAUAUUUAUAUAAUUUUGAACCAAAGAAUAAAUGAUUUACUUUCAGUCAGUCUUUGCACUCCAGUAACCCACAAUGUAAAUACCAGCGAGGGGACUGUUACUACUGCAGUGUGUAUUCUCACCAGAGAACAGCGUUCCAAGACAGUACUUGUGUUUUCAAAUAGCCGGUUGUAAAUCACACACCGGUGAACUAUUCAAAUUGUUGUUGUCUUUUUGCGUCCGCUUUUGUGGCGGCAUGACGUUACGGCUGAUAAUGAGAAGAUGUAUAAUGUAUGAAUCUGCCAUGUAAAUGCUACAUAAAUGCCCCCCUUUACACUGGAUAUUGGCUAUCAUGGUGGUGUUGCCAUGACAACAAUGUAAGUGCUCUGAGGUUGAGUGUGGAUGUGUUUCUACCAUUCAAAGAUUCAACACUCUUCCUGUGAUGAAAAGUGCAAUAUAGAUCUUUGUUUUUUAGUUUGAGAUCAGAUCUUCCAUCGAGUUAAUUCAAAAAGCUAUAUAGCCAUCCACAAUUUUAAAACCUUUUUUUACAUAAAUGUCACAAUCACUCGGUUGUUGUCGAGUGGCUUUCGUGGAGGCCAUUUCAUAUAUCUAAUACCCUAAAUGGUGAAACAGCUAAAACGCAACCAAAUCAACUGUAAAAAGAAAUCUGUACCGUUUUCCAACACUUUAUUUGUUACUAUACUAUCAAAUAUGUUCAGCAAGCUCUGUGUGCAGUUCUUUUUCCAAGUUGUAUAAAGUGCCAUUGUAUCUGUGAGCGUAUCCUUGUAAAAGCCAUGCCUGAGGCUUUAUGGGUGUGUUGUUCUGUUUAAUAGGAAAUAUGCCAUGGCAUUGAUCUCCAAGGGAGAAGCGUGCAGAGGAACCCCGGCUGCAUGGUUACACCUUGGUUCAGUGAUCGUGAUUGAAUGUCUAUUUGGCCACUGUGUGUUGAGGUGAAACGUAUAUCUUCAGACCUGCAGGACUGUAACCGUUAAGGGACGUGGUAACAUGCUAAGUAUAUGUACUUUUAAAACCGGUGUUGGACUGUUUAAAUCAAGAUCAGAGUACAAUAUAUUGUGGAAAAAACUCCAUUCUGGAUACUUCCCCUCUGUCACUGGCAAUAAAGCUUCCUUUGCAAUAUA